AUGCGCGCUCCUCUCAACGUCCCCCAAUCCAACCCCGCGCUGCGCCCGGCAGUCACUGGCGCCUCCGCUGCUCGCACGCUCAAGGGCGCGAAGAACGACAUCGGCGGCCUGCUUCGCAGCGCGGGGGCCGCGCUCGCAGGUUCUGCCGCGUACGUCCAGCCUGCUUACGUCGCCCCCGUGUACGGGGCGGCUGUCUAUCAGCAGCCCAUCUAUGGCAGUGCAGUCUACCAGCAGCCCGUGUAUGGAGCAGCCGUGUACCAGCAGCCCGUGUAUGGAGCAGCCGUGUACCAGCAGCCGGUGUACGGCAGCGCGGUGUACCAGCAGCCUGUCUAUGGUGCGCCCGUCUACCAGCAGCCGGUCUACACCCAGCCGCAGCCUGUGUACGGCCAGGCGGCGGUCUACCAGCAGCCCGGCCAGAACCAGAUCUUCCACCAGGUCGUGCAAGCAGCGCCUGUGCCGGGCUUCGGCGGCUCUGCGGCGGUGCGGGCCGCGUCCCCAGCGCCGGCCCCUCCGCCGGCCGCGUCCCCGGUCCCGAGCCCCGGCACAACUCAGAAGGAGCCCGUGCCGGUUGAUGAUGUGGAGCCUGCUGAGGAGCAGGAGGACACUCCCCCCGCCACAGCCGCGGCCACAGUGGCGUCUCCUACACCCUCACCCGCCCCCGCGGCCAAGGCCGCGGCCGCGGCGGCGUCCCCCGCGCCCACCCCUGCGCCUUCGGCUGCUGCAGCGGCGGCGCCAAAGGCGUCGGCCGCGGCGCCGGCGGUGCAGAAGGCGGCCUCGCCGGCGCCGGCCGCGCCAAAGGCGGCCUCGCCGGCGGCGAAGGCGGCGUCGCCGUCGCCGUCGCCGGCUGCGGCCGCCCCCCAGCAACUGCCGGUCCUCUCGUCGCCUGCCGCCAAGCCGUAG